ACGAACAUGACUCGUACAUUGCGCCACUCAUAGAGAUAUUACAGUUAUAUAGAAGUUUAGACUUUAAUGUUCAUUUAUUAGUUGUGAACUACAACUAGCAAACUGUUACACUAAAUUGUUAAAUAUAGUUAAGAUAUUUGUUUUGUUGGUGGUUUUCUUAAAUGUCCUUUUGUUUCUUGUACGUGAUUGUUUGUGCACGGGCAGCAGAACACAACAGCCAGGACAAUACAGUGUUUAUAAUGCGGAAAUAUUCUUGUCAUCCUAAAGGGAACAAGUAAAUUGCGAGACAAAACGAUGGAUUGUAUUAAAGAAGAGAGCGAAGACACGAAUUCUCCAAAAACAUGUGAAAUGAAAACCAAAGGACAAAACGAUCUGGUGGAAGUAAAAGAGGAAUGUCAUGAACUGAAGGUGGAGGAGAAAUAUCUAUUCCAGGAACCUAAUCAAAUUAAUACUGAAGAAACUGUUGUGAAGUCUGAAGAAGAUUCUUUAAGUUGCUCAGAGACUGAGAUUGACUCCUCUCCAAAAACAACUAGAAAGACAGGGGACAAAAGCCUUAUAUGUAAAAAGAGUUUCACAAAAGAAGAACACCUUUUGGAUCACUUCAAAAUUCACGCUGAAGAGAAGUCUUUCACGUGUGAUAAAUGUGAAAAGAGUUUCGUUCACAAAGCAAGCCUUAAAAACCACAUGCGGGUUCAUUCUGGAGAGAGGCCAUAUAUAUGCCACCAAUGUGGAAAGAGUUACAUACAUAAAGAUAACCUAACUGACCAUUUAAGAAUCCACACCGGAGAGAAGCCCUUCAAGUGCCCUGAAUGUGAAAAAUGUUUCACGCAUAAAAGUAGCAUUAUACAUCACGUGAAAAUACACACUCUAGAGAGACCUUUUAAAUGUCUUCAAUGUGGAAAGGGUUUCAUACAUAAAGGAAACUUAAGCGUUCACACACGAAUUCAUUCUGGAGUGAGACCUUUCACAUGUUCUCAGUGCGGUAAAGAUUUCAAGUAUCAACACAACCUAGUAAGUCAUAUGAAAAUGCAUUUGGGUGAGAAAUUGCAUCGCUGUUCUCAUUGUGACAAAAGUUUCAUUGAAGAGAGUCAGCUAAAAAAACACCAGAAAAUCCAUGCAAAUGAGAAGCCGUUUGUGUGCUCUUUUUGUGACAAAACUUUUUUAUUGCACUACAAUUUGAAAGAGCAUCAGAAAGUACAUACUGGUGAGAGACCUAAUGUGUGCUUUAAAUGUGGCAAAGCCUUUGCAAGAGCCAUACAGUUGAAAGAGCAUGAAUAUAGUCAUGCUGAAGAAAAACCUUUUAAGUGUUUGUAUUGUGGAAAGGGCUUUCCACGUUCAUGUACCUUGAAAAAACACGUGCGGAUGCAUACUGGAGAGAAGCCAUACCACUGCCCCUUAUGUGGAAAGGGUUUUAGCCAAUUAAGUAAUGCUCUGACCCAUAAGAGAAAGCACUGUCCAAAGUUGUCACGAUGAGCUAAUGAAGUUGCUGUGAUUUGUGAGCAGUAAAUCUCUUAUCUACCUCUGUGUCUUUAGCAGUUUCAGUUACUAAAAGAUGUUUUAAGGUAGUGCUUGAAGACCUGUAAACACUGACAGUAAUGAUAUCAUGAGACAAAUUUUGUGUUUUAAUGCUGGAAGCUUGAAGGGGUGUAUUAAAAAUGCGUUAUACAUUUUGGUCAUGCCAUUUUAAAACCGAGUGGAACUUGUAAUUGCCAUAUGCCAUACAUGUGUAAUGUGAUGAUCAUUGUAGAUCCCAUAAUUACCCCAAAUAAAAAAGGAGCAAGAUAUAA